GCACGCGGCUCUGAUCUGCGAUUCUACAUCCCGCCGAAUGCAUCGCCCCAACCAACUCGGGUUAUUUGUCGUGUGCUACGCUCUGAGUUUUCCCCGAACAAACCAAAUAUGAACGAUGGAGACUGUUUAGCCGCAAGGAUUCUGGAAAUGGGACCAUAUCAAGCACAAUUCGCAUUGCCCAUCCUCAUAGAGGUACCUCACAUUGCGUCAUUACGCGGACGCGAGAGGGAGAUUAUUGUCUUGCGAAGUGAAACGGGAAAUACUUGGAAAGAACAUCAGAUGGAUGCGUCCGAUCAAGCCGUUCAACGCGUGGAGCCGUCGAACACGUUACGCGAGCGACGUAUUCACCGAAUCCUCACCUACGAUUUCCCACAGUACUUUGCACUGCUUUCUCGAUUCCGGCAAGAAAUUGCUCUGGUCGGUUCUGACGGUGGACUGAUCAGCUCUUCCGUAUGUCCUCAAGUUCAGGCAGUGUUCCCACCAGGAGCGCUACAAAAGAAGAUCAAGGUCGGACUGCAAGCACAACCAAUUGCACGAGAACUAGUCACACGUUUGGUUGGACCACGUGUCUCUGUCUCCCCGGUAGUCAGUAUUGAACCACGUCGACGAAAGUUCCACAAACCAAUCACAUUGACCAUCCCUUUGCCCAGACCACCACCGAAAGUGGAACCGGGAGCGACUCCGAAUGUACGACUGUUAUGCAGUUUAUCUGGCGGAACAAAUCCCGCGGUUUGGGAAGAUAUCACUGGAUCGACACCGUUGACACGGCAAAAAGAUUGUGUUUCAUUCACGACCACAGUUUCAGCCAGAUUGUGGCUAAUCGACUGUCCAAACUCAGCGGCUACCGUAGACAUAGCCACUCGUAUCUAUCGGGAGAGUAUUGUACCUGAAUCUAGCCCUAUGGAAUUGGCACAGAUUCGUUGCCUGUGUCUCACCGAUGACAACGAGGACAAGACACUGGAGUGCCUGGAACGAUUUGGGCUGGUGGCAGUCGGUACACCAGUUGAGCUGUUGGAAAAUCGUCCGUACUGGAUCGAGAUGACCGGGAACCUGGUGCCAAUCACUAAAGCCGAUACACAACCCCGUCUGGUUGUCCGACCAUUCCUGGACAAUCGGAUCACAUUCCCGGUUCGUGUACGGUCUGACGCAACGGACGGAGAAAAAGAUAUUGCCAUGGUCACUGGAAAGAUACAUUUUAUGCGUGAUCCACGUCAUCUGGUUCGUGAAGCGGAAGAUGUCAGUCCGCCUCAACGUCCGGUAACCACAUUGGAUAUUCAUUUGCCGAGACCGGGUCAAUCGAUGCUACUUGUGACCACAGGUGAGCUCAUUGUUCGCAUGGAUUUGGCUAAAACAAGAAUAAUGUUGAUCAAUCGUUUACAGGCGUUUAUAAAAAACACUCAGAUAGUUUUAAAGGAAUCCGAAAUGAAUAAGCAAAGUAAAGAAAUUACAAAAUUCUAG